AUGUCCCUCGCUCUCCUCACCCUUUUCCGAUACCCAAACCUCCUCCCACUCCCCCUUGCCCCUACCAUUCCCCUCCCCUCUCCCAUUCUCCCCCUCUCCCUCCCUCUCCCAUCGUUUCUUGUGCUGGGGGCGUUUCAUCUUCGGCCCGGACGUACGGUCGCUGGUCAUCUCCUUCGUCCUCACUCCCACUCCUCUUCGCCCCUGCCAUUCUCCUCCCCUCUCCCAUCCCUCUCCCCCCUCGGGCCUACUCCCUUACGCCCCCCUCCCCCGUCUUUCUAUCGCCCCCACACCAUUCAUUCCCCACCCCUCGCCUUCUCCACCCUCCCCAGCGUUUCUUGUGCUGGGGGCAAUCUCUUCAUUCUGCUCGUCACAGCGAGCAGGGACCCUGGCAUCGUGCCUCGCAAUCUCGUGCCACCACAGCCAGAUGAGGAGGCAGGGGAGCAGGCAGCGGGAGGGGCGCCGAAGAAGCUGCCACGAGCCAAGGAGGUGGUGGUGAACGGGCACACGGUCAAAGUGAAAUACUGCGACACCUGCCUGCUGUACCGGCCGCCCAGAUGCUCGCACUGCAGCAUAUGCGACAACUGCAUCGAGAAAUUCGACCACCACUGCCCGUGGGUGGGGCAAUGCAUUGGACGGUGGGAUUCAGGGUGGGGUGGGAUGAGCCUUGAGUGGGGCAGUGCAUUAGGAGUGGGAGAGUAUGGGUCUGGCUUCGUGCAAUGUACCCUACCGCUCUCCAUCGUCCUAUCAUCUUCCUGCGUGCAUCCCUCCUUCCAUGUUGCAUCCGCAUCAUCCCUCCUUCAAUGCUCACGCAACUACCCCUUCUUCUUCCUAUUCGUCACCACCACCACGAUGCUCUGCAUCUUCGUCUUCUCCCUCUCCGUCCUUCCAAUUAUUCUUUCCCCCCUCUCUCCGCUGCUCCUCAUCCCCCUCCCUCCCCUCCCCCUUCUCCCGCACUCUCCCCUCCCCUCCUUGCAGCGCAACUACCCCUUCUUCUUUCUCUUCCGCAACUACCCCUUCUUCUUUCUCUUUGUCACCACCACAACCCUCCUCUGCAUCUUCGUCUUCACCCUCUCAGCCUUCUACAUCAAGCUCCUCGUGGACAACUCCUACCCGGGCGCCAGCGGGCAGAGCAUCUCGCUGCUAGAGGCGCUGGGGAAGGGGUACAUGGCGGCGGUGCUGAUGGUCUACACGUUCAUCAUGGUGUGGUUCGUGGGAGGACUCACCGGCUUCCACUCCUUCCUCAUCUCGCGCAACCAGCUGGGGAAGGGGUACCUGGCAGCGGUGCUGAUGGUAUACACGUUCAUCAUGGUGUGGUUCGUUGGAGGACUCACCGGCUUUCACUCCUUUCUCAUCUCGCGCAACCAGGUGUGUGUGUGGCAAGAGUGGGUUGCUCUCCCCCCCCUAAGGGGUUAA